AUGAAAAUCUCAAAGAAGAGGCGUAUUCAUGAAGGAGUGUUUAGAGGAAAUCUUGCACAAGUCAAAGAAUAUCAGGAUCUUCUGGAUCCUGUGCUUCAGCAUACAUCUGAAGGAUGUCCUGUUGUACCCAAAUAUUACUAUGUGCCAGCUGAUUUUGUUGAACUGGAAAAGAAGAACCCUGGCAGUCAGAAACGAUUUCCUAGUAACAAUGGACGCGAUGGAAGGUUUUUCUUGUGGGGACAAGCAGUUUAUAUCAUUGCAAAACUCCUAGCUGACAAAUUAGUGAGUCCUAAGGAUAUUGACCCUAUUGGACGCUAUGUCCCUCCACAAGAGCAGCGGAAUGUUAGUAUGAGAUUUUCCAAUCAGGGACCUCUGGAAAAUGAUUUGGUAGUUCAUGUGGCCCUGAUAGCAGAAAGUCAACGCCUACAAGUUUUUCUGAACACAUACGGAAUCCAAACUCAGACCCCCCAGCAGGUGGAACCAAUUCAGAUCUGGGCUCAGAAGGAACUUGUGAAGGUUUCCUUCAUUCAAAAUCUUGUCUUCUGUGUGGAAAGAGCCUAUCGUGUACCUGACUUUGGUGUCUGGGAAAGAGGAAGCAAAUACAACAAUGGCUGCCCAGAGCUACAUUCAAGCUCUGUGGGAUUGGCAAAAGCAGCUUUGGAAGCAAUUAAUGGUUUCAAUCUCUUUGGAAAUCAGGGCUGUUCCUGGUCUGUUAUAUUUGUGGAUUUCGAUGCCCAUAACCGUAACAGACAGACUCUGUGUUCAUUGCUACCCCGAGAGUCAAGGUCUCAUAAUACCGAUGCAGCUCUUCUGCCUUGUAUCAGUUAUCCUGCAUUUGCUUUGGAUGAUGAGGUUUUGUUCAGUCAAACACUAGAUAAAAUUAUUAGAAAAUUAAAAGGAAAAUAUGGAUUUAAAAGAUUUCUGAGAGAUGGUUACAGAACUGCACUAGAGGACAAAACACGCCGCUAUUAUAAACCAGCAGAAAUUAAGCUUUUUGAUGGCAUUGAAUGUGAAUUCCCUCUGUUUUUUAUUUUCAUGAUAAUUGAUGGUAAGUAUGGCUUUAUUUUCCUAUUCUAUAGAGGCAUUACAGAGAUAAGCCCUUGGACAGAAGAUGUAAAAUCAUAUUUUGCCCUGCACGAGUAAAUUGUAACAAGUGAC